AUGACGAAAGACGUGAAGCGAUCGUCGACCGACAUCCACGGCAAUCCUGAGGAUUUGCGCGUCGGAUGGUUUGGAACUUCAUGCUUGAUGAUGAAGACUCAGAUUGGUCUUGGGGUCUUGUCAUUCCCGGCCGUCUUCGACACAUUGGGACUGAUCCCCGGGGCAAUUAUACUCUGCACCAUUGCAGGCAUCACUACUUGGUCGAACUACAUCGUGGCAGUGUUCAAAGUCAACCAUCGCAGUGUUUAUGGUGUCGAUGACGCCGGGCAGCUGAUGUUUGGUCGUAUCGGAAAAGAACUGUUCGCUGUCGCGUUUAUGGGCCAAUACGUGAUGACGGCUGGCUCAGCGAUGCUGAGUCUUUCGAUCAGUCUAAACGCCCUCUCGGACCACGGCGCUUGCACCGCCGUCUUCUUCGCCGUUGCAUUUGUUCUGAUCUCCAUCUUGGCGAGCAUUCGCACCCUCGGUCGCAUCACCUGGCUCGCGAUAGUUGGCGUGGUUUGCAUGAUUACUGCAGUGUUAACCGUGACCAUCGCCGCCGUCUCGGCCGUGUCGACGCUCAUUUUUGCGUAUGCCGGCACAGGUGCCUUCUUUCCUAUUGUAUCUGAGAUGAGAGACCCCAAUCUCUAUCCUCGGGCGUUAGCACUUUGUCAGACAGUCGUUACCAUCAUAUUCCUGACUGUUGGCAUCGUCGUGUAUUACUAUUGUGGAUCCUAUGUCGCCUCGCCUGCCCUUGGAUCUGCUGGUGUGACUAUCAAGAAGGUUUCAAAUGGUAUAGCUUUCCCCGGACUGCUUGUCAGUGGUGUACUUCUGGCUCAUGUAUCGAGCAAAUAUCUGUUCGUCCGCUUUCUGCGCAAUUCGAAGCACCUCGCGUCCAACUCAUUUGUGCAUUGGGCCACAUGGCUAGGCUGCAACUUUGGUGUCUGCCUCCUGGCUUAUAUCCUCGCGAGUGCAAUCCCCGUCUUCAACGGCAUUGUCUCUCUUUCCGGAGCGCUCUUUGGCACGCUGCUAUCAUUUCAACCUAUGGGAUGUAUGUGGCUCUACGACAACUGGGCUCGUAAAGAGAACCCUACUAUACGCUGGCGUCUUAUGGUUGCUUGGAGUGUCUUUGUAAUAGUGGCUGGCACCUUUAUGAUGAUCGCUGGCACGUAUGGCGCCGUUGUGGGCAUUGUCGAUUCUUACAAAGCUGAUGGAGGCUCAUCUGCUUGGUCGUGCGCGGACAAUUCCAACUCUAGCUAG